UUGAAUCAUUUAGAAGAGAUUACUUAUAAUUGUAUAGUGAUUAAAGAAUUACAUUACAAAAAAGACCUUACUCAAGAUCUUACUCAAAAUCUUACUCAAGAUCUUACUCAAGAUCUUAUUCAAGAUUUUACUCAAGAUCUUACUCAAGAUCUUACUCAAGACCUUACUCAAGACCUUACUCUAGACUUUACUCAAGACUUUACUCAAAACGGUGUAAAAGAAUCUAAUAAGUUAGUAAAAUUUGUCUUUGUGAUCGAAUUAGAUGAAGAUCUGAUUAAUACUGUCGCUUUAACUCAACAAGAUUUAGUUAAUACAAAUAAUUUAAAAAUAAUUAAAGAGAGAUUCAACUAG